ACAGUUGGCCAGAAGCCAUGACAAUACUGAGAGUUCAUCAACGCAGACUGAUUUGACACAGCAGAAUUUAAAGGACUUAAGCAAGAUGGAAUGAUGUCUCAUACUGGCAGAGUGGACACGAUAUACCUUAUUUUUUAUAACUGCACCGUCUCCAGGAGUGGUGACAUUCCUUGGUGUCCAAGGUUGCCAGACCUGUCAGCAUGCGACUUUUUUAUGGAGCCACUUAAAAAGCAAAGUGUGCACUCAUUGCUCACACAGUAUCGGAGAACUCUAAGAAAGAAUUCAUGAGGAAAUUGCUGUAAUUUAUUCAGAGAUGCUACACACAUCACGUCACGCAUGGAAGAUCAGAGGAAUACCUAUGCAGAGACGGAGGUUACCUCAAGGAUAUCAUCUUCAAGAAAUAAACAUUCUAUGUGUUUAAGGAAGGCAUAUUUGUAAUAUGGCAGUUUCUUUUUCGCACAUUUAUUAAACAGAAUCUGCAGUAAAUAUGUAUGUUCAAUAAGUUAGGACUCCAGAAAUAUGUUUGCCCACUCUCCAUAAAUGAGUUAAUGAACUUCACUGUCUUUUAUCCAUGGUCUAAAUAUAUUAAAUAUUCAAUGGAAGAAUGGUUUUUCAUCAUGUGUAAGGUGUAGAAAGAAGAAACCAAAGAACAUUAGUUUGGCACCCUUGUCUUCUGAUCUAAUAGAGGGCCCUAAAGUAUCCUGUACAAAAAUAUCUGUGUUGCAAGACUAUGAUCAAGCUCUGGCUUUAUUACAUAGAGGAAGCUGAUUUACAUGCAGAGUUACUAAACUAAUAUUUUUCUUGCAGGAAGUCUGUGCUUAAUAUGAAGACUAGGAUUCGCCGAUUAGAGAUGGAAGUAUCAAAGAAACAGAAGAUAAUAAAUAACUUGAAUAUGUUAUUGAGUAAACAACAGGUAGACAAUAAACUUAUCGCGAACUUGAAAACGGAUUUGGAAGCUGCAAGGCAGCACACAAGAAAAUGCAAGUUCAAACAAGUUAUGACCACAGAGUUGGUCACAAGACCAGGGAGCAUUGCUUCUACAGAGACACAGACAGAUGUAAAUAUGGAUGAUCUUGAUGCUGAUGGUGUAUUGCUUAUCAAAGCAAGAAAUGAAGUACUGAGAUUAGGGAAGGAACUUGUUGAAAAGGAUACUCGCAUAACCGAAUAUGAGAGUGAACUGCAUUCCCAGAGAGAGCAGGCAAAGAAAGAUAAUCAGCGGAACGAUGAAAUCAUACAAGCCUUGGAGCGUGAGUUAGAAGUCCAGAGAGAGAAGUUUGUCACAAGACCAAAGAGCACUGACACUGCAGUGACACAGACGAGUGUAAAUAUGGCUGAUCUUGAUGCUAGUGGUGCACAUCUUAUCACAGCAAGAAAUGAAGUACAGAGAUUAAGGAAUGAACUCAUAGAGAAGGAUGAGCGCAUAACUGAGUAUGAGAGCGAACUGCAUUCCCAGAGAGAGCAGGCAAAGAAAGAUAAUCAGCGGAACGAUGAAAUCAUACAAGCCUUGGAGCGUGAGUUAGAAGUCCAGAGAGAGAAGAUCCUGAGAUAUGGUUCUCAAACAACACUGCAUGAUGAUCAGUACAAAACUGGUGUAAUUAAUACAGAAAUAAAUUCGUUGGAAUGUCGAGCCAAGAGCAACCAUUUCACAGUAAGAUCCACAGUAGGUGACAUAGAGGUCUUGAAGACGGAGAGGGAUGCACUAGAACUUGAAGUAGAAAACCUUCAAAGUCUGCGUGAGGAAGUUGCUGCACUCAGUGAGCAAUUAGACAAUGUAAUAAUGGAGCGCGACCAACUCACACAGGAGAGAGAUGAUCUUAUACUCGAAUCUGAACGCCAAGCAGCAGUCUUGGAGGCCAUGCAGAAGGACAAUGACGCCCUCAAGCAUGAAACAGAAUAUCUUCAAGGCCAGUGUAACAACGUUGCAGCAAUCAAGGAGCAAUUAAAAACUGUAACAGCAGAGCAACAGCAUCUAAAGGAGGUCAGGGACAACCUACAGCUUCAAAUGGAACAUCUUCAGGGCCAGUGUAAGGAUAUUGCAGAAAUGACAGAAGAAAGGAACAAAUGCCAAGCAAGUGGUACAAAGGCUUUAGAGAAGGCCAGGGACACCCUCAAACUUGAAACAAAUGUUCUUCAAGGCCAGUGUAACGAUGCUGCAGCACUGAAGGAACAAUUAAACACUGUCUGUGUCACAACAGUGCUACGUCCAAAACUCAGAGAAUGGAGAAGAGGUCUUCUUGUAAUUGUUACUGUGCUUAUAUUCUGCUUUAUAGUACUACUUUGGACACAGAGAUAUUCGCUCAACACUUAUGGGACGCCCUUCGCAUCACUGUAUAAGACGUCACCGUCUUGCAAAUCUAUCUUAGGAAAUGCUACGCCCUCCCGUAAUAUUGUUGUCUGAUUACUGGCUGUUAAUGGGGUCGCUAGUAGGCAGUAUGUCAACCAGUAACGACACCCUAAACACAACUAAUUACAUGGAUUCCGAGGGAUAUGCGCAAUAAACAAUUUGAAAAAAUAUGAGUAAGCAUUAUAAUUUACACACAUACACACCGUACAUUCUCAUGGAAUUCCCCACCGUUUGAUCUCUUUAACCGUUCAGCGUGGUUUGACGUGUAUG